UCGCGCCGCUCUUAGGGGGCCAUGACGUCAGCAGUAGUCAGCGGACGCUGGGCAGUACCAGUGACACCAAAAAGAAGGAGCACGGAACGAUGGUCCUCAUCAAGGAGUACCGUGUGGUUUUACCCUGUAGUGUUGAGGAGUAUCAAGUGGGCCAGCUGUUCUCUGUGGCUGAGGCAAGUAAAAAUGAAACCGGUGGUGGUGAGGGCAUCGAGGUACUCAAGAAUGAGCCCUACGAAAAAGAUGGCGAGAAAGGACAGUAUACGCACAAAAUCUACCACCUGAAGAGUAAAGUCCCGGCCUUUAUCAGGCUCAUAGCACCCGAAGGCUCCCUGGUAUUCCAUGAAAAAGCUUGGAACGCAUACCCCUACUGCAGAACCAUUGUGACGAAUGAGUAUAUGAAAGACAGUUUCUUCAUUAAAAUUGAGACGUGGCACAAACCCGACCUGGGAACACAAGAAAAUGUGCACAGACUAGACAGCGCCACAUGGCAGAAUGUAACUGUUGUCCCCAUUGAUAUUGCAGACAGCAGUCAAGUGUCCCCUGCUGAUUACAAGCCAAAUGAAGAUCCUACUAUAAUAAGGUCGGACAAGACCGGCAGAGGACCUCUUGGACCCGACUGGAAGAGAGAGCUGGCUGGUAAACCUGAUUGCCCGAGGAUGUGCGCCUACAAACUAGUCACAGUCAAGUUCAAGUGGUGGGGCCUGCAGACCAAAGUGGAGAACUUCAUUCAUGAGCAAGAGAAGAGGAUCUUCAAUAACUUCCACCGCCAACUCUUCUGUUGGAUGGAUAAGUGGGUGGAGCUGACUAUGGAUGAUAUCCGGAGGAUGGAGGCAGAAACGCAAAAAGAGCUGGAAGAGAUGCGUAAGUGGGGUUCUGUUCGGGGUACAAAGGCUGCAGAAGAGUAGCCUGGCUGAGUGUAGCUUCGCCUACGGGGUGAGGUACGAGGAACCAGUGCUGCAGAUGAAUGAGAAGGCAAAGGAUUUUAAACACCCACGAAGAGCGCAGUGAUGCAGACUGCUACGAGGGCUCCUUUGGUGCCACUUUUUACCUUAACCAAUUCAGGCUGUGGAGGAGGGAGCACUGCUACCUGCAAUCAAUAGAGCAGACCCCUCACUUGAACCCAAUCAUAGACAUUCUAUCCAGUGAGGAAUUGAUUUCUAGAAACCAACACGAUCCUAGCUGAUAAGACUGGUUAAUUUUGAUCUCCUGAGCUAGGGAGAGAUAGGCCGGCCGUCAGCAUCAUGUUAUUGAGACUUAGCCUUCUGGAGAGAUACGAAGAGGAGCUACUUGCAGUAUAGAUACGUUAUUAGACAAACAAAUUCACCAGCUUGAAUCCGUAGUGGUAGGUGUUGGGCCAGAUAUUUCCUUUUUUUUUUUUCAUUUCCAUAUUAAUAUCAUUUUUAUUGAUGUUGCCUCCAAAACAUUCCUCACAAAAUGUUUCCCUGUACGACCUCUCUUUGUCUCAACUGUACACACUGUGGCUCGGUGGUUUGCAUUCCCUGGCAUGAGACUGUUUGUCAUACUCAUGUUCUUUCCUGCCACAGCCUCCAUUAAGUGAUUACUAACACCCUUGGCGCCUGGGCCCAUUGUAAUCCUUCUCCCAUCACCCCACCUCAACCAAAGCGCUGCAUCCUAUUAACACUGACAAUCAUGCCUGUACAGGUAUUCGCUCUUCACCCCCAUACAGGCUUAACAGAAACCCACACACGCAUGUGACGCAUAUACAUCUCGCACUUGAAGGUAAACCUGAGUUCAGUCUUGCGUGCGCGCACACAGGUGUGGAAACCUUCGCGCUGACUGAUCUCUUAAAACCUCAAGAUGGGCAGAUCCAUGCAAGCUUGUUCAGCUAAAAGAUGUUACAUUGGAUGUGUGUACAGAUCUUACUGACCCCCCCCCCAGCCCCCGCCCUUGCUAUUCUGAAGACAUUCACACAUAAUGUACAACGCAGCACUCACCUCCCUCACAGAUGUCCCUAAAGGGAAGAACUGCACUGAAAAACAGCCACAGAUGGUGCCGCACCCCUCUAGCCUCUGUCACAAGCCAAACUGUACUGCACCCACCCAGCCCACCCCGGAGGACUCUCGCUCAUCUGGUUCUCCGAGGUAGACCGUUUCCAAAAGGCCUCCUCUUUUACCUAAUUCUAGUCAUGUUUACAAGUUCAUAAUUGCCUUAUCAGUGCCCAGUCGACACCAGCACCGCACACUGCUUGCCUUAAUCUCCGGACCUCUACACCUAUCACACUUAUUGUGCAUCUGCUGCCAGCCACUCCUCCAGCUACCUCUCUCAUUUCUGACUGGCAAUUUUUCCUGAUGCCAUGCAUUAGCGCCUAGCUGUUACUUGUUAGGAAUCAGUCCUGGCAAACAGAGCUUUAUGAGUGAAGUUGUUUUUCAUGACUCUUUAGUUUCUUCAGGGUGUGGAAUUUCUUGAGAUUCCCUUCAUGUUUCCCAAUGUGUGUCACAGCACCUGAACAAGUGCAAUUUCUUGAGCAAGCAAAAAUUUGUGAGUUGAAGCCGUAGCGGCGAGAGUGCAACGCUGUCGCUGCGAAGAGCUGCAGAUUUACAUUUCUGCCACAGACAAGCCGUUGGAUAGAUAUGCCAUAUUAAAGACUUUAAGAUCUAUAGUGCACUUUCACUCUUUAGGCUUCAGAACCACAUGCAUCGGCCUACAGUGUUGAUUAUCACUAGUGUUACAUUUAUGAUACUGUACUCGUGGUUCACUCAUCUGAUCCACUGAUGUUGCAUUUUUUUGUAUUUUAGAGGUGUGUUACUGUCUUCAAUUGUACAACAGGAAUUUGGGGUUUGUUUUUUGAAAUCUAAUUCUUCUUUCCAGACAGACGUAUAAUCAAAUAUUCUAGGCUCAAAGAUUCUAAUAUUUUAAUCUCUGAUCUCUGUCCUUCUAAUAAUGGGUUAUUGGGCUCGUCCAAAGAAUGUAAAUGGAUUUCUUAUAUGUUUACAUGUGUCCAGCAUUUGUAGGUGAAUAUAGGAACAUUUGGAAGCAGUUGUAUGUGGCAACAUUUUUUAGCAACAAAAUCUUCUCAGGUGAACGGUGCCACAAGGAUCUUUUGUGAUGUUGUUGCUCAUCAGUUGCUACAGACAACUACCUUUCUUUAUGCCUCGCCCUUUUCUCUGGGAAAUAUGGCAUUACACUUUCUAUUUCAUGGGAUGGUUACAGCUUGUUCACCACUGUGUACGUGAGACGACCACUCGAUCUUGACUGUGCUGGAGCUCUAUGCACGUCUCGGAGCAGAAAGUGCGAGCCGGUUGGACUACAGCAGUGAUCGGUGAUCUCAAUUAUUCCUCCUGUCAGUUGAAUAGUGAACCCAAUGGCUAAAAAAAAUGUCUUCAAUCAAUGGUUUACCAACAGUUAAAAUGAUGAUGACGAUACUAGGAAGAGGAAGUAUCCACAAAACAACUGUACAGUCUUAUCCUAAUUUAUGAAACUCUUUCAUUUCUCUAAGGCUUCGUUUUUAAAGAUUCUGAUCAGCUUUUGAAAAUCAGGGGACGUGGUAGUGAAUGUAUGAUAUAUUGUGCCUUUUCUUUCUGUAGAUCUUUUUGUCUGCUUAAGUCUACAUAUUGUACCAAUAAAUUUUGUCUGUAAAAUACA